AUGAUCUCUUUGAAGAUUUCAAAGAUCUGGGUGAAAGGACACUUCUAUUACUUGCAACUCAAGGGGCAAAUUCUUGAAGGAAGCCUUUCAUGUGAAAAAGACACUGCUGUUCUACUUGCCUCUUACUCAGUGCAAGCUGAGAUUGGUGAUCAUGAUGCUGAGAGGUUUACAAGCUUUGUAGAAAACAAGACUCUUUUCCCUUCUAAUGUCACUACUAUCCAUUUCAAGGAGGUCCUUGAACAGCAGGUAGCAGAAUUGUGCCAGCAUCAUAGGGGUUUAACAAGCGAAGAAGCUCAGUUGGAAUACAUCUUGAUCACUCAGCAGCUGGAAGGAUAUGGUGAUGAAUACUACCCUGCUAAGGACAAAGAUGGCUCUGUUAUUCUAGUUGGUGCCUCAUUUGUUGGGAUUGUGGUCAGACAUCCUCAUGGGUUACCUCCAGUUUGCUUCAGAUGGCCUGAUAUUGUUCGAAUUAGUCACAACAAGAAGUACUUUUGUAUUGAAAGUAUUAAAACAUUUGACACCAUUCAGUUUGAAAUGGAUGAUGCACCAACAGCCAAGUAUGUGUGGAGGAUGUUUGUAGUACAUCAUCAAUUUUGCCGGCUCAACUUGUCCAGGUCGAGUGCCCAGGCAUCAAGUACAAAACACCAAUCAAAUUCACUGUAAGUUCUGUAACUGAUAGACAUAAAAGGCCAAAACUGUGUUUCAUGCCAGCCUUAAUGCAAACUGGAGAACCAUACUUUUGGGCUGAGUGUACUCUUUAUUCAGUCGAGUAAAAUUAGGGCAAAAAUAUUUUAAUUUAAGAGACAAUUAGCUAGUUAAAAUGCUAUUGUCAAGGGUUUUUUUCUUUUGAGACAGCUAGUUACACUACAUACAAUACUAAUACAGUACUUAUAUUACUUAAAAUACUUCAUAUCCAAUAUGAUUAAUUCCACCACUUACAAUACUAAGACUUACACUACUUAUAAUACAAUGCG